AUGUUUGAACUAGAUCGGGAGACUAAUGUUGAUAACGUAGAUUGCCGAGUCGACUCGCUGAAUCUUGGAGACGUUUUCAUUCUAGACGCUGGGAAGGAGCUUUAUGUCUGGAUGCCUCCGGAAAGCGGUCGCUUAGAGAGAAUCAAGGGUAUGGAACUUGGUUGCCACAUCGCCCAAGUGGAACGUCACUAUAAAACCCAUGUCAACGUGCUGGAUGUUGACUGGGACACAGAUGAGGCGUUCUGGUCUUAUUUUGGAGGAGUUGGGCAAGUGAGAAAGAUUGCUAAAGCCAAAGACGACGACAUGAACUACUGGCAAAGAGCUACUCGCAAAAUCGCAUUAUACAGGUGUAUUUUGGUCGUGUGGUUCCGUUUAUGCCCAGAUUUAUUUUGUUUUAUUUUAUCUCAUACGCACAUUGACGUGCUCUCACAGAUUCAAAAAAAAACCACAUGAUA